UUCUAUUAUAUUUUUUACUUCAGCAGCCUUUUUGCACCUCAACAUGAAUGAAGUCAAACAAAGCUCCUUGUUUUUGUUCUGCUACAGAGGCGGUUUGUGUUUUUACCGUGUGUUGUUUAAGAGAUACACUUAUUUUUUUAGCUAUCUUAUAUAGUUCAAUGGAGUGUAGUAUACCUCAAGCUUUUUCUAGUAAAGCUGCAUCAUCAGCUGUUAAAAAUUUGCAGCCUGGGCAGAGUCCUCCGAAAUCUAUGUUGCAUGUAAAUUUUGAGUUAGAUAAUGAAGAAAUGCAUGAAAGGAAAAAGAAGUAUUUGACUGCAAAGUAUGGUCAGCAUCAGAUGAGCCUCAUCAGAAAACGUUUAAGUGUUGAAAUGUGGAUGUAUGAUCAACUCCAAGUUUUAUACGAUACUCCCGAAGAAUCACAUUAUGAAGUGGAAAUAGAUUUAGAUGAAUUGUUAGAUAUUGAAUCUGAACCAGCUAGACGAGAGUGGUUAAAGAAAAAGUUAGUUGGUGUGAAGCAAUCAGAAGAUGCUGUUGAGAAAUUCAUAACAGAACUAUUGCAAAGGGCAACAACGCUUUGAUUUGCAAUAAAGGCUAGAUAUUUUAGAAACUAGAAUGUGAUGUAUCAAUGCCUGGUGGUACUUUUUGGAACUUUUAUAACAGUUCUAAUUAUCACCUAGGUUUUUUUUAAUUGUUAAAUGUAUAUUGAAUGACAAAGACUUGUCCCCACUAAACUAUAUCAUGCCAUUUGUUUUAUUAUGUUUAUCCAUUCACAAUUUUAUUCUUUUUUGAGUAAAAAUAUUGGGACAGUUCUUAUGUGAUUGAUUUGAUGUUGGCGUAUAGAUAAAUAAUUCAAUGUAAACUGUUAUUAAUUAUGGAUAUUUGUGUUGUAUAUAUAUAUCUAUUGUGCCUUUUUAGUUCUUGCCGUUGAAAUUCUGUUUUGCUUAAAUCCAAAUAGGACCCAAUGAAAACGAAUCUAUUGCUAAAGUUUGACAUGGGACUUUGCUCUUGUUAUCAUAUCAUUUACAAGUAAUGAGUUUUUAAUGUUAAAACAUUGCUCAUGAUGAUAUUGUUUUUUAAUGUAUUUUACAUUUGUUUCUAGCCAACAUUGUACUUAUAGUGGUGUUAAACAAGUUUAAUAAAAUCACAUAUUUUAUUAGAAUGUACAUUUUAUUUUUAGUCACUCAAAUGAGUGUGCCGCUAUGUAAUUCAAAAUUAUAUUGCUUUGAUAUGAUUGGUCUCUUUACUGGGAAGAGAAGUUUGAACUUCAUUCUUCCAAUUUUGUUUUUAUGACAGUAAAAUUUAACAUUAUCUUUCAUUUAUCCUUUGCUAUCCAAAUUAAGUAAUAUUUUAUCAGGAUGUACUAAAUUGAAAUAAAAUAGCUCAUUAUUUAGAGGCAAAUAAUGUUUAGUUAAAAAUAAAGUUCUUCUUUAGCGAAACUUGGUUAGUUUUCCUAUUUAUUCAUGAAUUUUUUAACCUGUUCCUUAUGUUACUUAUUAUUUUUAAAAAGCUAUUGUUGUUUAUUCAUUUUUUAUUCUCUUAUUGCUAAGUUAAAUAGAUCUCACAUUCUUAUGUCCAGUAUUAUUUUUAAUCCUCUGUUUUAGAUGCCACUGAUCUACAAGUUGUUUUCCUUUUUUUCAUUAUUCUCAAGUAUAGUGUAUUAAUAAUAAUAUGGAAUAGACAUUUCAUUGUGUAAAAAUAUUAAAAAAUAACAUUAAGUUUUAUGUACAUUUUACGACUUGUUUUAGCAAUGUGACAAUGUGUUUAGCAUUUUACGACUUGUUUUUCAAUGUGAUAGAGAAGUUUCCUUUCACAUUAUUCUGUAGUAUUGGCUAUUGUAUUUAUUAUGUCAAUAGGCAAACUAGUGAUCUCGCAAUGCUAGCUUAUACCUUCUAAUUCCCUGCACUUAAUAUUUUCUCUUUUUUACAUUUAUUUGCUAAUUCAUUAUUAUUUAUCCAAA